UGUCGCCCUCCACAGGAGCAUAUAAAAGAAUUUGACAGGUCGGACCCGGCGUUAUUUGAGAACCACAAAGUGAGCGAAUUGCUGCGAAACUGCGCUAACGUGCGAUAUUUUAACACGUGUUCUGAGAAAUUAAGCCACGCUAGUCAAAAACUCUGCAAGUAAUAUUAAUUCGUGUGAAAGUUAAGUGAAAAAUUAUCAAGAUGCCAGAAGAAAUGCAGACCACCCAGUCCGGCGAGGUGGAGACCUUCGCCUUCCAGGCGGAGAUCGCCCAGCUCAUGUCCCUCAUCAUCAACACAUUCUACUCGAACAAAGAAAUCUUCCUUCGUGAGCUGAUUUCCAACUCUUCGGACGCUUUGGACAAAAUCCGGUAUGAAUCUCUGACAGACCCGUCAAAACUGGACAGUGGUAAAGAAUUGUACAUCAAGAUCAUCCCGAACAAGAGCGAAGGUACGCUGACCAUCAUCGACACAGGUAUCGGCAUGACAAAGGCCGAUUUGGUGAACAACUUGGGUACGAUUGCUAAGUCGGGAACAAAGGCGUUCAUGGAGGCGUUGCAGGCCGGCGCUGACAUCAGUAUGAUUGGGCAGUUCGGUGUGGGCUUCUACUCCUGCUACCUGAUCGCUGACCGCGUGACAGUUCACUCCAAGCAUAAUGACGACGACCAGUACAUGUGGGAGUCUGCGGCCGGCGGUUCAUUCACUGUGCGUCCGGACCCAGGCGAACCCCUCGGACGCGGAACCAAAAUCGUUCUCCAUGUGAAGGAAGACCUGUCUGAAUACUUGGAGGAGCAUAAGAUUAAGGAAGUCGUGAAGAAACACUCUCAAUUCAUUGGUUACCCAAUCAAACUUGUGGUUGAAAAGGAACGUGAAAAGGAACUUUCUGACGAUGAAGUCGAGGAAGAGAAAAAGGAGGAAGAAGGCGAGGAUGACAAGCCUAAGAUCGAGGACGUUGGUGAGGAUGAGGAGGAAGACAAGAAAGAUAAGAAAAAGAAGAAAACUAUUAAAGAAAAAUACACUGAAGACGAAGAACUCAACAAGACCAAGCCUAUCUGGACCCGAAAUGCAGAUGACAUCACCCAGGAAGAGUAUGGUGACUUCUACAAAUCCCUUACCAAUGACUGGGAGGACCAUCUAGCUGUCAAACACUUCUCUGUGGAGGGCCAGCUUGAGUUCCGUGCUCUCUUGUUCGUUCCCCGUCGUGCUCCAUUCGACCUCUUUGAAAAUAAGAAGCGCAAGAAUAACAUUAAACUGUAUGUACGAAGAGUGUUCAUUAUGGACAACUGUGAGGACCUCAUCCCGGAGUACCUGAACUUCAUCAAGGGUGUGGUCGACAGCGAGGACUUGCCUCUCAACAUCUCUCGUGAGAUGUUACAACAAAAUAAGAUUCUCAAAGUAAUUAGGAAGAACUUAGUUAAGAAAUGCUUGGAGCUGUUUGAAGAGUUGGCCGAGGACAAAGAAAACUACAAAAAGUAUUAUGAACAAUUCAGCAAGAACUUGAAACUUGGUAUCCAUGAAGAUUCUCAGAACAGAUCCAAACUCGCAGAUUUGCUCCGCUACCACACAUCUGCGUCUGGCGAUGAAGUCUGCUCCCUGAAGGAAUAUGUCUCUCGCAUGAAGGAGAACCAGAAACACAUCUACUACAUCACUGGCGAGAACCGUGACCAAGUAGCCAACUCGUCCUUUGUUGAGCGAGUCAAGAAACGUGGCUAUGAAGUUGUCUACAUGACUGAGCCCAUUGAUGAGUAUGUUGUCCAACAAAUGAGGGAAUAUGAUGGUAAGACCCUAGUUUCAGUCACCAAGGAGGGUCUGGAGCUCCCUGAGGAUGAGGAGGAAAAGAAGAAGCGUGAGGAAGACAAGGUCAAGUUUGAGAAUUUGUGCAAAGUCAUGAAGAACAUCCUGGACAACAAAGUAGAGAAAGUAGUUGUAUCCAACCGCUUAGUAGAAUCUCCUUGCUGCAUUGUCACAGCUCAGUAUGGUUGGUCAGCGAACAUGGAGCGCAUCAUGAAAGCCCAGGCUCUGCGCGACACCUCGACCAUGGGCUACAUGGCUGCUAAGAAGCACUUGGAAAUCAACCCUGACCAUUCUAUCAUCGAGACUUUGAGGCAGAAGGCCGAAGCUGACAAGAAUGACAAAGCCGUCAAGGACUUGGUUAUCCUGCUGUAUGAGACUGCUCUGCUAUCUUCUGGCUUCACCCUUGAUGAGCCCCAGGUGCACGCUUCCCGCAUCUACCGUAUGAUCAAGCUCGGUCUUGGUAUUGAUGAAGAUGAGCCUAUCCAAGUCGAGGAGUCCAACGCUGGAGACGUCCCACCUCUGGAAGGUGAUGCUGAUGAUGCGUCGCGCAUGGAGGAAGUCGAUUAAGUUAAUUCCCGCCUAUUUUCUGUAGCCAUGUUGUAAUGGUAUAAUAUCGCAGAUUGUUUUGUGCACUGGUGUACAGCCAAAGACUGAUUUAGUUCAAAAAAUUCCAUUAUUGAAAUAAAUAAUGUUAAUUAUAAUGUA